GUUACCUAGGAUCUGCCCACAGCUCUAGCAUGAUUUCGAUUCAAGAAUAUUUUAGCAUUCGAAUUUGGACGGCACGGAGGCUAAGAAGGUUGUUCGACCUUUCUUAGCGGAAAUUUUCGUAAAGUGAAGAUUGUGCAGUGUUAAGUACGGCAAGCUCCAAAAGUGCUAAAAGCAACCACGAUUGUUGUAAAAUGUGGCGCAAUAGGAAAGAAAAUAUGACCAGCAAAGGGCAAAUCAGUGGCGACGGUCCCGAGCAUCGCAGUAAGUUAAAUUUGGCAGCAAAACCUUUUACAUUGCCGUUGCGUCGCAUAAACGCAGCAGCCCCAUCCAGCUCACGGGGGGACAGCAAUGGCAACGGUAAUGGUAGCAAAAUUCAAGAAAUUGCUUACAUUGGCCCGACACAUCUUCCCGUGAAUGCGCGCGUGUGGAAUUCGAUCUCGUCCUACUCGCUCGAAGAUAUCGCCCGAACGACUCCACCGGCAAAACCUGCACACAGCCAGAUCAUAAACGUGUUCCCCAGCAAUGGUGCAACCGCAACAGCAAGCAUCUUAAAAUCAACGUUUCAGCAUCCGGCUUCACAGGCUACACAAUUUCCUUUUGGGCCAAUUCUGCUUGACAAUGGCGUUAUACAGCUGCGCUUGCGAGAUUCGAUUACAGUGGACAUGACUGCGGAUGGCUCAGUGAAGGUUGUCAAUGGCAACCACAAUAUUGCAAUAGCUAUUUCUAGUGAUACGCUGGCUACUGCGAUGCAUCAUCCAAAUGGGAUCGUGUUUCAAAAUGGCCCACGGGUCGAUAUAGCUGCGGUUGAUGCAAGGCGUAAAUAUCCGUACAUUCGUUUCGCUAAAAUGUGGCAUAAAGGAAUCAGCUUGACAAGCGCAAGAUACGCCCUGAUUUAUCUGGUGGAUUCGGCCGGCACACGAACAACGUCGGAUAUGAUUAGUAUGGAUAUGGAAGCGGAUUAUGUGAACCAGGUCUUCUUCAAUGGCGUUGUACCUGCCGCCCACAACUACGUCGACCAGUGGCAAAUCAUCCAGAACUCGAGCUACCAGCUUGGACAGGAGGGAAGCCUGCAGUUCCAGGUGAACGGCUUUCGGAUCACGCAGAGUGGUGAUGGGUUGGUGAAAAUACAUCGCUCCAACAACCGCUGCUCGAUCCGUACCAGCCCGAGCAACGGUUGUGCGACAGUCACAACUAAUUCCAUCCAUUGCACCGCUUCGCUCGGGACAUCCUCUCAUCUGUUUGUACGACGUGAAGAGCGUCGGAUGCACUUUGACGGGGCCACCUUCAUCGUGCGCAAUGCUGGCCAUUCCGCUGGUUUUGACGAGCUUGAUCGAUUGCGCGUUUACUGAAGAGGAAAUGUAAGCACCUAUCGUCUCGGCCUUUAUUCAACUAUCCUCAUCAAAGGCUGCUGCUGCCGUAGACGCGGGUGGCUGUUUUUAGUAUGUAUUGUAUCUCGUUACAGCUUCACACGACACGUGGCUCUACUGAGUUUGUGGCGAGCAAAUUGAAUUCCGUUGUUUCGCAUUAGUCUAGUUAAAUUUCAAUUAUCGAUUAUUUUCGCAUUACCCUUACACCAUUAGGGACAUGCGUUUGGUGUUCGGGCAUGCAUGUCAUUUGUUAAUAAAGCUAAAUUCUCUUUAACGUAA